CCCUUAACCCAUUCAAACCUCCACUGAUCCUUUAGCUGUUUCCCUCUGUUUCUUCAGUCAAAGUAUACAAUAUGGCAAAUUGGGUUGAUACUUGCUUGGUUUCAUUGCUUUUCAUCAUUGUUACCGUUGAAGCUAGAAUUCCUGGUGUUUAUUCUGAUGGUGCUUGGCAAAGUGCCCAUGCCACUUUCUAUGGUGGCAGCGAUGCUUCUGGCACAAUGGGUGGAGCUUGUGGCUAUGGAAACUUAUACAGCCAAGGCUAUGGUGUCAACACAGCUGCUUUGAGUACUGCUCUUUUCAACAAUGGGUUCAGCUGUGGUGCCUGUUUUGAAAUCAAAUGUGUAAACCAACCACAAUGGUGUCAUUCUGGUAGUCCUUCAAUUUUCAUCACAGCAACCAAUUUUUGCCCUCCAAAUUACGCUCUUCCAAAUGACAAUGGCGGAUGGUGUAACCCUCCUCGUUCUCAUUUUGAUCUCGCCAUGCCAAUGUUCCUUAAGAUUGCAGAGUACCGUGCUGGCAUUGUCCCUGUCUCUUAUCGCAGGGUUCCAUGCCGUAAGCGAGGUGGAAUCAGGUUCACUAUCAACGGCUUCCGUUACUUCAACUUGGUUCUGAUUACUAACGUGGCAGGCUCUGGUGAUAUCGUGAAGGCAAGCGUUAAAGGAUCGAAAACAGGGUGGAUGAGCUUGAGCCGAAACUGGGGCCAAAAUUGGCAAUCCAAUGCCGUAUUGGUUGGCCAAUCUUUGUCUUUUAGGGUCACCGGCAGUGACCGUAGGACUUCUACUUCAUGGAACAUUGCUCCUUCCAAUUGGCAGUUCGGUCAAACCUUCACUGGCAAAAAUUUCAGGGUCUAAAACAUAAAGGGGUGGGGCACUGGUUGGGUUACUUUCCUGGGAAAAUGAGGGAAAGUGUGUGGUUAAGAUUAUUUUGACAGUGGGGGAAAAUUGGGUUUUUACUCGUUUAUCUAAUGGGGCUAUUUACUUUUAGGUUUUACUUUUUUUAUCUUUGGGGUGAAAAGGUGAGAGAGAGGAUAAAGGUUAAAAAAAAGUGGAAUGAAAUGGGGGCUGAAGGGGCUUGGAAAGAAGUUGUAGCCCGCAGCUUUAAUACUUUUUUCUUUUUCUAUAUGUUACAUAAGUUGAAUUUAAUGAAAGGAUCGUAGAUUAUUACAUAAGUGGCUUGGAAAGAAGUUUCUUGUGUAGGUAGAUUAUUAGAUUGCUUUUACCUUAAUUUCUUGUACAAAUUUUAUAUUUUAUGAAGAUUAAUCGUUUCGGAGUUUA